AUGACGACGAACCGAACCAUUGUUCUGGAGACGGCGCUUUGUGCUGCCGGAAGCUCGAGACCACCAAGGGCUUCUGUUGCGGAGGAUCCGAUUUCGGGAGCUGCUGCGGCGAUGCCUGCUGCCCGAAGGGACAUUACUCUGCAUACGCAGAUUCAAUCCGUAAUUGUGUCCGGCUACGUCACCCAGACCGAGACACAGACCAUUGUUACGCUGAUCACCAGUACAAACAGCGACGGCGAACUAAUAACAAAGACGUCGACACUUCCAGUAACUGUUGCGCCCGCCAACUCCCUUUCCAGCGACGACGGCCGCGGCGAUAGAGAUGGCACCAGCGCCCCAAUUGGCGCCAUCGUUGGCGGCGUGAUCGGAGGUGCAGCGCUGAUUUUAUUCUGUGCAAUGGCUCUCUUCAUCGGUUCUCGAAGAGGCUGGUUCAAGAAACAACCACCAACCGGCAGUGGUUCCGGCAUCAAUGAAAGAAGCAGAUACGAAGACUACAAACCGGUCGCCAGCGUGCCGUCAAAUCAUCUCGGUGGUACAUCUACAUCUUCGCCCAUCGAUACCCCUCCGAGCGACCCGCGGCUUUCGAUGUUUCCCGCGCAGCCGCUGGCACGUCGUCCGCUGCCGGAAAUGUCAAAUGUGAGUGCUUAUUAUGAGAUGCCCGUGAAUAACCGGGGUUAGGUAUCUAGGAUGAACGUGCAUAGGGAGCGGAAGGUAGUUGCAGUACUUACGCGAAAAGCGGUAUACUCCCUACAUAAUUCACAGUCAAUUCCUUUUCAUUAUCCGUCUACGGAAUACUCUGCAGCGUUUAUAUACCAGUGUCAUUACUGAUUUAAGGGCGUGCUGAUGAGCAAUAUUAAGUUUAAUGGAAGCAA